UUGGCGCAUGGGAGGGGCCAGGCAUAUGGGCAAGCAAGAGCCAACAGCAUUUCGGUGUUUGUGAGAAAUACAUCUGGCGCAUGUAUGGGAUUUCAGCGUUCAAGUUCAAUGUUCUUGCAUUGGAACCCGGGUCAUUUACUGCUUUGUUCAUUUUCAUUUCUUUUGCCUUCAUUCCUCACUUUCAUUGUUCGUGUGUUACUUCCUCUGGCUGCACCACUUGGCGAGGCUAGACCUCUCUCCUUGCCGUACCCAUUCUUUUGAAUAGGGGCCGGGGGAGAAGAAGGUCGGUCUCG